GAAUUACAAACACUUCUUUUACAACUUUCCGGUGACCCGGCCUGCGCCAUCGCGCCCAAGUUGCACCUCACCGAGUCACCUCACAUUCCCACGUCCUAACAAAACAAAAACGUGCACCUCAAUAUGUUCCUCAAUUUGGUGUACUACAAUACGGAGUACUUGACCUUACCAAUUACAGAGUACAGCCGCCAAGAAAUAAAACAAAUAGAUGCACAAACUUACCAACUUUGACUUUCUUCAUGGCAACCGCAUUGUUGCUGUACGCAACACUAGUCUUUGUCUCUCUUACCACCUCCUAUGCCAAAGAUAAACCUCCCCUUUAUGUAUUCGGCGAUUCUCUUUUCGACGCCGGUAUGACUUUGUACACCGGCGUCGACGGAGAUGGUGCUGAGUUUUGGCCUUACGGUCAGACUUACUUCAAUAAGCCUUCUGGCAGGUAUUGUGAUGGUCGUGUAAUCCCGGAUUUCUUAGCUCAAUUUGCAGGUUGGCCACAUUUGAGGACAUAUUUGCAACCAGGGCCUAAGAAUUAUUCCCAAGGAAUCAAUUUUGCUGCUGCAAGUGCUUGUGUGCUUGUUGAAACUCGUCCCGGCAAGAUAAAUUUGGCAUUGCAGAUGUAUUACUUUGUCCAAAUGGUGCGAAAACUGAAGCAGCAAGUUGGAAAGUUAGAGGCCAAUAAGCUACUAUCCAAAGCAGUAUACUUGAUUGACAUUGGAGGAAAUGACUAUUUUAGCCUUUUCGACCCCAUUACGUCAGGCACAAGACGGCUUCCUCCGCUUCCUCUCUCACUUCGUAUGAAAAAGGACUACAUAAAUGAGAUACUUGGUGAACUCACCACCCACAUUUAUACACUGUACAACAAAGGGGGAAGGAAGUUCGUAUUCCCAAACAUUGGUCCUCUAGGGUACUUCCCUUCAAUGAAGGUCCUUUGCAUGCUACGAUCUGAACCAAGCUGUGUAGAGGAUCUACACGAGCUAGCCAGGAUGCACAACACUGCAUUUUCUGCACUAGCUAAACGAUUGCAAACCCGACUACCAGGGUUCAAGUACUCAAUAUAUGAUUUCUACACCGGCGUACAACUCCGUGUCAUAAAUGCUCACAGAUUUGGUUUCAAGGAAAGUAGAACAGCUUGUUGUGGAAGUGGACCUUUCAAUGGUGACUUCACUUGCCAGAAACUAGAACAUAGUUUCACUGUUUGUAGCAAUCCAAACGAUUAUCUGUGGUUUGAUGCAGGGCAUCCUACCGAGAGAGCUAACGAGCAAUUCGCGAUUGAAAUUUGGUCGGGAGGAUCCAACGUUGUAGCUCCUUACAACUUGCAUACUUUAUUGUCCAUGACUUGAAUCAAAGCUAGCUACUCAAACAGCUUGUAACAAUGGAUAAAACCUUUUAGUGAUACUCCCUCUAUUUGACAAUAAUAGUACGUCACACAAGGUACUACUUUUAGCAUGUGCCAAAAAAAGAAGUCACAUUGCUCGGAGUAGUAGUGGUUUUAGGUUGAUUUGAGGGUAAGUAUGAGAAUAGUCCAACAAUUGUAAAGGGCAUGUUAAAUUGUGUCAUUAUUCAUUAUUAUGUCGUGUUAAAUAGGAGCGUUACAGAACUAGUAUAAUAUUUUCGGACAAAAAUUAUUUUUUAUUGGAAAAUUACUUUUUCUGUG